UGGUUUCACUUUUUGGUGCUGACAUGUUAUACAACUUUAUUAUCUAUGGUUUGAUACUAAUACCUCACUCAAGCCUGCUGAGGAUUAAGUUAUUGCAACAAGCCGUCCAGAAAUAAUCAGUCGGUUAUCAUUGUAUCAGACAGACCAGCGAAGCGACAAAGCACCAGUAAAGAAGUGAAGUCAGAAGGGGAAAUGUCUGCUGCAAGAACAGAGCUACAGCAGGUGUUGUGCCGCUAUGUCACAGACACCCUCAUCUACAUCGACACUGUAAGAGGAUUCUGUGAAGACGUCUCUAAAUGGGGGCUCCAUAGGGAGACCGAAUUAAACAUGAUGAUAGAUAUCAAAGAGAGGGUUGACAACCAUGUUUCUAAGUCAGGGAGCGAUGCAAAGCUGCAGGAGGAGCUGGAUGCCGUGCUCAAGGACACUUUGGUUGGCCUGGCCAAACUUGAAUACUUCCUGGUUGCAGUGGAGAAGCUGGCGGUCACUUCGCUCCAUGUGUUUACGGAGAACCAGGCGCUAUGUCUGCCCAAAGGGAUCACCCUCGGUUGUGUUCAGGUUGUCAUCACUGUUGCACGGCUGAUCUGCCCUCUCCUCCUCGAGUUCAAAAGAGACGCACAAGUCUUCUUCCUGCCCAGACUUCAGAAUGUGGAAGUGCUCUCGUAUGAGUUGGACAAGUACAUACGGACUACGCAGAAAAUCUGCGAGACGUUAGGAAAAAGUGACUUUCAUUCGAAAAUGACGACGGAUACUGUGGUGAACUUAGAUGUGGAUCUGUCUGAAGAUGACAUGCGGAGGAUGCUUGAUCAUAUUAAUCUGCUGGAUGAGAUCAGGAUGGACAAGCACUUCAGAUUGGUGUUCUUGUUUCAAGAGGAAUCGUUUUGUGACUUCAUCAGUGACUUCAGCAAGCGACAGGAGAGGAUGCUGGAGUUUCUCAACGACCUGGAGGAGGGGGCCAUUCAGCUCGACAGGAUGAAUAAGGGGGCAAAGAUCUCCAGCGUUGUAGGCAGCUCGGUUGGGGCGGCUGGAGGUGUGCUCUCCAUUGUUGGCUUGGCUUUAAUUCCUUUUACGGCAGGGGUGUCUCUAGCUCUGACAAUGACGGGGUUAGGUAUGGGAAUCACCAGCGGAGUCAACAGCGCUGUCACCACCGCCACAGAGAUCGGAGUAAAUGCAACUCAAAGAAACAAAGCCAGAGAGGUUUUCCAGAAAUUCAUGGAGGAUGUGCAGAGUAUCCAGGAAUGUCUGAACAAGGUGACCAAUCAAGUUGACACAGAAAAGGUAGAGAGUAUCAUCAAAGUGGCUCUGGGAGUUGGCAAGGGUCUUGGUAAAGCUUUUGUUAUUGGAAGAGGUAUUGAUGCAUUAGUUGAUGCUGCUGCUGCUGCUAAGUUGUUGAAAAAUGAAGACUUGAUUGCAGGUGUCGCCAAAGCGCCUCUCGGUCUUGCCAAGUCAGCCAGGGCAGGUUUCAUAGCACUCAAUGCUCUCUUCCUUGGCAUGGAUAUCUUUUUCAUCAUUAAGGACAGCAUCAGUCUGGCAAAAGGCAAUGAGACCGCCUUCUCACAGUGGAUCAGGGCCAGAGCUACUCUGUGGAGCUCAGAGAUGGAUUCAUGGCAGGGAAUCCACGACUCCCUGUGUGAGGGCCGGGAGACAUCAGAGAAAAAAAAAGCUCUUCUGGAGACACCAUUAUAUCCGGAGAUGGAUGUGGAGAAGCGAAAUGAAGAAGAAAUGGCAUUUUUUCCUGAUAAAGUGGAAGAAAAUAUGAAAUAAAAUAAGUUUGCUUAACACAGUAAUGCUCAGUGCAGAGAGAGUAUCUCUGUAUUAGGGUUGUCACAAUUCUCCACAAAAGGAGCUAAAUGGAACCCUGAUAAUUUGCCAGAUUUUGAGGCUUAAAAGUUGAAAUAAUGCCAAAUAAAUAUGGUGAGGUUGCCACCAGACCCUUAUCAAUAUGGAUAAAUGAUUUCGGCUUCCCCAGUUGGGGGAAAUUUAGUCCAAUACAAUUCCCAAACUGGAAGAGAAAAUAGAAUUAGGAAUUACUAACCCUAACCCUUUUUUUUUUCUUUAAAUUUGUUUUUUUAUGCUGGCCAAUUUAAAAUGGAUGGCGGGCCGCAGAUGGCCCGUGGGCCGUAGUUUGGACACCCCUGCAUUAAAGGCAUUACUCAAGGUUUUGAAUCAUUCCAAAAAGUAAGAGUCAUCAUUCCAUGGCAUCACUCACCAGUACGCAAGCCUAUUUUUCACAUGAAAAAUCUAAAUUGCAAUUUGUUAGACAAAAUAAACUAUUCUGGGUCAUGUGAUUACAGCAGAGUCCAAAUCCCUCUCACCCUAACAUAUUGAGACUGUACCGAAGUAGAACAAAGACUUGACAGACGCAGUAGAAAAAACUGACUAAGACUAUGCACCUCUUAGGUGCUCCUAUUUGAUGUGAUUAUAAACUGUUCUUAUCCCAAGGGUUUCAAGGUAAAAAGCUCAGUUAAUAAUUGUCCCUAUAAUUUUAUAAUUGUACAAUAUGAAUGUUUGGAUUUUAACAAUUCAAUAAGAGAAGCAGUUUACUGAGCUUAUAAAAAAUAUCCUGUGUCAAAUGAUUGAUAUAAAUUCAAGCGCUGUUUUUGUUAAUGGGAUGUCGUGGACAUUUAUCAUGAGAUUUGAAAUAAUGAGUUUCUCAGACCGGAGUUGUCUUUAGAGGUUUCAUUAUUAGCUCUGCAUAGGUUCACACAGUCAGCUACAUGACUCAAAGUGCAACUACAAGAGAAUUAUAAAGGAGGGUUUUUAUACAAUGUGGUAAAUGUAAACAGAAAGUUAUAGAAAGAGGAAUCAAAUAUAGUACACAGUUCCUCAAAUAAAGGUCAACAGGAGGUGGAGGACAUUGAUGUUGUAUCAGCUAAGUGCACAGAAAACGGUCAAAACAGUAAUAAGACAUCUAUCAUUAGAAUUUUUUCCUAUGUUUUUUUUACUGUUUUAUUAGUUGUUUAUUUGAUAUAUGUUAGACUUUUAUAAAACAUGAAAUAACAGAUGUUUUUACAUAACAGCAAAUUGUAUUUCCCCUUCGACGUGAAAAAAUAUCUAAGUCAUUACUAACAACUAUUAUUCAGAAUAUUAUUUUAAACUGUUAGUCAGACUAAAUCAUUUUCAAAUAGGACAUUUGACCUUUGUGAUGCAUUGUAUCUCUUCAGAUGACCUGAAAUGCUUAUUUUGGGAGGAACAUAUGAUUUUUACCAUGUUCAUCAUAUCCUAGAUUGAAUCUUUGUGAAUUUCUGAGUCUGAUAUUUAUUAUGAUGUUUUGAAUACAGUUGUGAUGAUUGUGUGAUCGAAAGGGAGAAAAGUAAAGAAAAUGUUACCAUUAUACCACACUAUGUAUUAUCUCUGCUUAUGCAUACUAUUUCUGCUUAUGUAACUGCCAGGAUGACAUCAGGGCCACAAUUCUGAAACUGUGCUCGUCUUCCCCAAACAAUUCUGUGAAGAAGACUUCAGCAUGUGUCUUUUACUACACACACACACACACACACACACACACACACACACACACACACACACACACAAACACACAUACACACAAACAGACACACACACACACACACAAACACACACACACACACUUCAAACAAGAAGUUUUGAGUUCUGUCUGAUCACAAUCAUAUGGCCAAUCUGUAUAAUCUCUAUUAUUAAAUGUACAAUUAAAUCUGCACAUUAUUCUUGUUCAAUCUAAUAAACAGAUAAAAGGGA